CCUACCAGACAGCGCUUGGCAUUUUCCACGUCUCAGCGUGCCAGGGGGCACAGUGGCGGACAAUGUAGCUCUGGGCUGGAGCGCAUGCUGUGCGGCGUGGAGAAAGGAGUGGUGGACAGGUUCCUCCAGGAGCACCGCUUCUCGGACAUUAACCACUGCCGCCGCGCAAGCCGCUGGCCUCUGUCGCGCAAGUGCUGCCCAUUGUCCGUGGCGGCCGUGAGGGGCGACGUGCUGGUUGUGACGCUGCUGCUCAAGCAGGGGGCGGACCCCGAGGCGUGUGGGCCUUGGGACGGGCCUUGCUGGAAGUCGGUCGGGCAGGACGGCCGCCAGCUCGUCGAGAGGGCUGCGGCGGACAUUGGUCGAAGGCUUGCCACGCAGUCGGGGGCCUUCUGGAGCAUCUUCCACGUCGUGGACACCACCGGCCUCGAGUGGGAGCAGCCGCUGUUCCGCGAUCUGCGGCGCGACGAUCCUUUGCUGCGGCAGCCGGCGCAGGCGGCCUGAUCGGGGGCGCUGGCGGGGCGAUGGAGCCGAGUAGUCCCAGGGCGUGCGUGGGCUCCUCGGCUCGGGGUGCACCGCUCGCUCGCUGCUCUCUUCAUCUUCUCAUGCUCCUGCCCUAUGGGCUUGCAUUUUUUCUUCUUUGUUGCAUGCCAGGCUCAUGCCAUGAAUUUGCCAUACUGGAGAUUGGUGCUUGCGAAUAAUUUCCGUGGCCAGCGGGGGGGCAGGUCUCUGCUCUUUCACACCGCUGAUGUGCCAUCGGUUGCCUCAGGAGCGCAGUCGCGUGGUGCCAGUUACUCAGCCUAUACAAACCACCACGUGCGCAGGUCCUAUUGAUAUCAUAGGCCGCCUCGUGGUGUGACGCCCAUACCCCGACAGUGUGGAGGGAGCGCUGCGCAAGAGCGAACGGUAGAGAACCCAUGUGAAGAGCCGUCCGAGACACGCGGGCUGGUCCAUCCAUACCCAGACCGACAGCAUCACAGAAAACGCGUGGCGGCAAUGUUUUCAACAUGUUCGACCUCCAGAGGCCUUUUUCUAGCGCCGGGAUCAACACCAGACAAUUGGGAUGAUAAGCCAACCUUGGUGAAGGGGUCGAGAAUUCUGGGGGCACGCGCCAAGAAACUAUCGUGAUGUCGGAUGUCUGGGCUGCCGUGCCGGUGCGAUCCAGCACACGACGAGGGGUGCGGCGAGGGUGGAAAGCCCUUUCUUUCUAGGAACCCAGACCGUCGCACAACAGACGGUCCGCCUGGCUCCUGAUCCCAGCGAGUGCCGCGCAGAAGAUCCGUGGCACAAGCAGGCUGGUGGACAGAUCGCAGGGUCGGUGGAAAGAUUGGCCGUGCACAAAAA